AUGGUCACUUUCUCAACAUUUGCCUUGCAGGCUUCAAUACGGACGACGACCAGGUCAUUGGCGAAAGUAAUCCGCCCAUUGGGAGCAUCCAGGCAGUCAAUAUCAGCUACUUCAACCAACUCAUGUCGACGGUUCGCAGCUACAGAAGCAGCAGCAUCAACCUCGUCGAGCUCAGCCCCUCCUCCAGCAGGGGAUGCGAAAAUCCAUAAACUGGUGGACGACAUCUCUUCUCUAUCACUACUUCAAGCUGCAGAUCUCGUCUCGUUGCUCAAGACGCGUCUAAACAUUACCGAAAUUGCCAUGCCGGCAGCCUCUGCUGCUCCAGUUGCUGCUGCCGCUCCUGUCGAAGAAGAAGUAGCACCACCAGAGGAGAAGCCAAAGGAAAAGUCGACCUUUACGCUCCGACUAGAGUCGUUUGAUGCUGCCAGCAAGGCAAAGGUUAUUCGUGAGGUUAAGGCAACCUUUGCAAAUAUGAAUCUCAUGGAGUAUGCAAAGAAGUUUGCAGAAUCAGUACCGCAAACGCUAAAAGAGAACAUCCCAAAGGAAGAAGCCGAGAAGCUCAAGGCGGCAUUCGAAGCCCUAGGGGCAAAGGUUGUCAUGGAGUAG